AUGGCAGAAUUCAUGAAUUUACAUGCACAGAAGCAAUACAAAGUGCGAAGAAAAGCUAAUUGGCGAGAUUUUAAAUCUCUUUACAGAUUUCAAGAAGAAAAUGUAAAUUGGAUGGCAACGUACUUUUCGGGAGAAAAUCUUGAAAGAAGAGGAGUCGCUCUUCCUUCAAAUCAUAAAAUGAAGGUUUUCUUGCGAUAUACGGCCAAUCCUGGAUUUCAGAUGGGUGUAGCAACUGUAGCAGAAGAAUUGGGAAUCACUCAGUCGACUGUUUCAAAAACAAUUUCAUUUGUAAUGAACAAAAUAGUUGAAAAGUCCCAUUUAUGGAUCAAAUUUCCGUCGACCCAACCCAAAAUAAACGAAGCACAGCAAGCGUGGCAAGAAAAAUUUCAGUUUCCAAGUGCUAUUGGAGUGAUUCAUUGCACGCACCGUUUAGAUUUUGAAACCGAAUCAACACGUGCUGAUGUUAGUUGGUCGGGUUCUGUACACGACGCAAGAAUUUGGAGGAACUGCGAUAUACGUGUAACUAUGCAACAGUUUCCUGGUGCAGUACUACUGGAUGAUGAUGGUUAUGGCUUAGAACCGUGGCUAAUAACUCUGUUUAGAAACCCUAAUAACGCAUUGGAAAGAGCUUACAACAGACUGUUUAAGAAUUUACUAUAA